AUGGCAACCGGCUUGGAGGAUGGCUGCGCAUUGAAGCCUUGCCCUUCACCACAUGCCGGUUUUGAUUUGCCAGAUCUAGAUUCUGAAGAUCCUGGAUCUGAUGUUUUGCUUGAUGAUUGCAGCUUUGACUUUCAGGAAGACGGGCCUCCAGUGUCAGAUGCUUGCAGUUUUGAUUCAACAAACGAUGCUAUGAUGGCUGAUGGUGGCCGAUUUGAUUUGAACCAUGAGUUGUUCAUGUCAGACACCUGCGGCUUUGAUUUGUUGGAUGACACGAUGCUGGUCAGUGAAGCAGACAAUGCUGAAAUAGUCCCAUCUCAGGAUGUUGGUUUUGGGUUGCAGAUUGGUUCGUCUUCAGGAGGUGCGAUGGCCGGAAGCGGCCCUUUGUUGCAGCAGAGUGACAAGACGCAUGCUCCCCAAUGUUGUUAUCAGUGGGCUCUGCGACUAGUUGACCUUCUUCUUUCAGAGUUUGGUUUUGCGCAUCUGCAGCGCUCCUGGGCCAACAAACGGGUCAUGUUCAGCUCCUAUUUCAGCGGCAUUGGUGGUCUGGAAGUUGCCCUUGAGUUUUUGAACGCGGCAUGGAAAGCUCGUGAUUUGCCGGGCUGUUUCGUGUCAGUCAGUGCUUGUGAGAAGAACCCUGCUUGCCGUAGAGUGUUGGAGGGCAGGAACAAAGACGGCCACCUGCAGCGUGAUGUCAUGCACAAUUUUGUUCCUGAUCCGACUGAUAAGCUAGCAAGACUGCAAGGCUUUCAGGCGCGGAAAGCAUUUUUUGAGAAUUUGAAGGUGGUUUCGUCUUGUCCCUGCUGUGGUGAAUUUCCACGGCCUGAAGCUGACAUGGAUGUGACCGGAAGCCCUUGCCAGCCCUUCAGUUCUGAUGGGGUUGGAAUGGGCCGGGAGGAUCCACGAAUUGUUUGCCUCAUCGCUUAUUCUCGUGUCCACCGGGCUCGGGGCACCAAGGCCCUCAUCCAUGAAAAUGUGGAAAGGUUUGAGGCGGAACUCCUUUCCGAGCUGUUUCCAGAGUAUCGCAUCUUCGAAGUUCAUUCCGAACCAAGUCAUUGUGGCUUUCCAUUCCUGCGGCGCCCGCGUGUGUACCACCUUCUUGUCAGGGAAGAUGUGCAGUUGUUGGCCGACCCAGUGAAGGUAUACUCCAAGCUGGCAGCUUCUCUGCAGCAGCACUUUAGCAGUAGCCCAUCUUGGGCUUGGAUCACUUCAUUGCCGACAGAGUCGGACCUGCUCAAUGAAGAGAAUGCCGCCCGAGCUUGCAAACAUCUGGAUCCUGUUGCCAAGCUUUCACCCAGCUGGUCUUACUUGUUGACUGAGAAGCAGCAGGGCUAUUUGGCCCAUGCCGCAGAACAGUGGUGGAAUCGAUAUGGGGUUGCGGCCUCUGCAGAUGAUCGGUGUGUGGUGAACUUGGGCGACAACCCUGCCAAACGCAGGGUGCCCAAGCCAGGGCCCUUGAUGACGUUCAAGCACAAUGCUGGGAUUUUGUGGUUGGCUGGCAAAUCAAGGUGGUUGACAGCACGGGAGAGAGCUGCUGCAAUGAGUUUUCCAGUCUACUCUUGCUUAGCGGAACAGGCUUUGUUGGAGGCAGACAAUUUAACCCGGAGUGCCGCCGCAGUUGGCAAUUCAUUUCAUGUGGCUAAUGUCGGUUUGGUCAUAGUCAGUUUGCUACUUUCUCUAGGGCACCCGCUGCCACCAGCAUGGCCAAGGUAG